AUGCGCAUCUGUCGUCCUGCGCUUCUCGGUUGUCUUCUUUGUCUUCUUCCGUUGUGUUCUCGCGGGCAACAACGAGAAGAAAAACAGAAGCACAUUUUGAUCGUGUUAACGCACGGGAUGGGGGACACGUGCUGUGAUCCACUCUCGUUAGGGAAGAUUGAACGCGUGAUCGAACGCCGAUUAAGCGACGCAGACGACGCGUUGAAGACGAAAGUCAUCUCAAUUAAGUUUGGUCGAAAUUCAAUGCGCGAUUUCAUCUCCGGGUUCAUCGGAGACGCGUUUUCUCUGGUAAAAGAUUUCGGGUGCGCGCAGUUGCGAAACGCGAAAGAAGAGAUGAUGAUGAUGCACCGUGACUUUGAGAGCACCGAGAAGAAGAACGACGAUAAGGUGGAGACGAUACUCCUCGGGUUUUCGCAAGGCGGCGUGUUCGCGAGAGCUAUGGUCGAAACGUGCGAAGACGAAGUCAACGCGUUAAUCACGUUCGGAGCGCCGCAUUCAGGCGUGUGGAAGUUUCCUGGAUGCGAUAAAACGAUGGCAAACGCGCUGUCGCGAAAAUGGUGCGAGUAUUCGAGAAAGGUGGCGAGUAAAGCGGCGUAUAGCGAGAUGUUGAAGAGUAAGAGCGUGCAAGCGAGUUAUUUUCGAGACGUGAGCGAUGCGAAGAGGUUUGAACAGUACGUGCGGUCGGGGAGUUUGUUGAGCGUGAUUAACGGUGAAGACGAUGGGAGCGACGACGAGGAGAAGAGAGGAGAAGAGAGAAAGAGGAAAACGGGACAAAGGAGAAGAGAAAAAAUGUGCAAUCUCGACGUGUUCGCGAUGUUUUCCUUCGAAAAAGACGAAGUAGUCGUUCCGAGAGAUUCAGCCGUGUUUAGCGACGCGCCUUCGGUACCGUUCGAGUACACCGAGGAGAAGUCGUCGGAAUUGUUGAACGUGCGAGAGACUAAAUUUUACUUGAACGAAGAGGACGGUUUGUGUUUGCGAGAGUUGGACGAAAAGAACAGAAUGAAAAUUGACGUCGUCCCGGACGCGCAUCACAUGCAAUUCUCGUUGGAAUGGUUCACCGAAAAUGUCAUCGAUAAAUAUAUAGUAGCCGCCCCAGAGAAGAGAGAAGAAGAAGUUAAAGAAGAAGAAGAAGAAGAAGACAAAAAAGAAGGAGUAAUACAUAGUAUCAACAGAUUUAGUAAAUAG